GCUCUGAUAGCUGGGCUUGACAAAACGAUCAAAAGAAAGUUGGGCCAAAAGCCUAAUAUCCCCCGUACGGCAACAAAACGACAAUAUAUAAAUCUCAGUUUGAGUAGGGUUUUUCCUCUUCGCUGCAGCCUCCCAAAGCCGUCCCUUGCAGAUUGAAGGACGAGAAAAAUGUCUCAUAGGAAGUUUGAGCACCCAAGACACGGGUCUUUGGGCUUUCUGCCCAGAAAGAGAGCUGCUCGUCACAGGGGAAAGGUGAAGGCAUUCCCUAAGGAUGAUCAAAGCAAACCCUGCAAGCUGACAGCCUUCUUGGGUUACAAGGCUGGAAUGACCCACAUUGUGAGAGAUGUAGAAAAACCUGGAUCAAAACUCCACAAGAAAGAAACAUGUGAAGCAGUCACUAUAAUUGAAACACCCCCAAUGGUGAUAGUUGGUGUUGUUGGAUAUGUUACGACACCUCGUGGCCUGCGUUGCCUCAACACUGUUUGGGCUCAGCAUCUCAGUGAAGAGUUAAAGAGGAGGUUCUACAAGAAUUGGUGCAAGUCCAAGAAGAAGGCCUUUUUGAAGUACUCAAAGAAAUACGAGACUGAUGAAGGUAAAAAAGAUAUCCAGGCGCAGUUGGAGAAACUGAAGAAGUAUUCUUCAGUCAUCCGUGUGUUGGCUCACACUCAGAUAAGGAAGAUGAAGGGGCUGAAACAGAAGAAAGCACAUUUGAUGGAAAUUCAGGUGAAUGGUGGGACUAUUGCCCAAAAGGUUGACUAUGCAUAUGGUUUCUUUGAGAAGCAGGUACCAGUUGAUGCUAUUUUCCAGAAGGAUGAGAUGAUCGACAUCAUUGGUGUUACCAAGGGUAAGGGUUAUGAAGGUGUCGUAACACGUUGGGGUGUGACACGUCUUCCUCGCAAAACCCAUAGGGGUCUUCGUAAAGUUGCUUGUAUUGGUGCUUGGCACCCUGCUAGAGUUUCCUACACAGUUGCCCGUGCUGGUCAAAACGGAUAUCAUCACCGUACUGAGAUGAACAAGAAGGUUUACAAGCUUGGCAAAGCUGGGCAAGAGUCACAUGCAGCUAUUACCGACUUUGACAGGACUGAGAAAGACAUCACACCUAUGGGUGGAUUUCCCCAUUAUGGUGUGGUGAAGGAAGAUUACCUGUUGAUCAAGGGAUGCUGUGUAGGUCCUAAGAAGAGGGUUGUUACCCUUCGUCAAUCACUUCUCAACCAGACUUCUCGUGUUGCUCUUGAGGAGAUUAAGCUCAAGUUCAUUGACACAUCCUCAAAGUUUGGACAUGGUCGCUUCCAGACCACCCAGGAGAAGCAGAAGUUCUAUGGUCGGUUGAAGGCUUGAGUGACAUUAUAGAACUGCAACUCUUUGCUGAGCUAAGCCCAUGCUAUCUUGGUAGAAGAGAAGCGUUGGACACGUUAUUGUUUUUUUUCUUCUUUAUUUUUACAAGGUCUUUGUAAAAUGAAUGGUGUUUAUCUAAAUGCUUUCAAGUGCCUUUAGGAUUUUAGUUGAACUUCAACUGUUGCCGAGCUUAAAACACAUGCGAUUUUGUAGAACAGAAGUUUUGACAAGUUACUAUUGGUAUUGUUAUCUUUAUUUUAUGAGGUCA